AUGAAGCCUAGGCUAGUGCCGUGGGGUCUGUCGUCUGUCUGCAGGAAAUGCGCAACUUGGCUAGCAACUGCUGCUGUCGUGUUUUUUUACUAGGCCUAGCUAAGCUAGUCUAGUAGGGCCCCUAGGCUGGGCCGGAUAAACGCUCUCUCAGACUCUAGACUAGGCCUAGGCUAGAGAUAUAGAGAGCUGAGAGAAGUUCAUUUAACUUUAUUUUUAAUAAGAAAACUAGAAAUAUACUUAUCUUUUUUAGUGAAUCUGUUGUUUGAUGUGUGAUACAAGUUACGCCUAAAAUACAGCAUAAAAUUAAAAAACAAAUCCCGGCACGGCACACAGUAUCUUUUCUCGCGCUGACUUUUUUCGAGGUGUUUCAGUUCAGAGGGUCAUUCACGCUUAUCGCUGAUUGGUCAGAAAUAAAAAUCCGUUCGGAUUCACGUUUCCAAUGGCUUUCUGAUCCAUUGAUCCGAAUCCGGAGUCCGGGGAAAAAAUCGGACUGUGUAGAUGUGAACGCUUCUAUUCCUUACCACUAAAGCCAUUUCUCACGAUUUUUUCUCCGGACUCCGUACCGGAAUCCGGGCUUGAUGUGAACGUAGCUUAAACCUGUUAUUCCAUACAGUACAAAAAUUAGUUUAUUCACAAGCAACGUCUCUUGUUCACUUUCUCAUAGUGCGUAUUAUGAUUUACAUAGUAUUGUGUCAUCAGUCACAAGGCUAGGACGGUAUUUCAUAGUGGCCAGAACAUUGUCCAAUAUAGCCUUGCAUUGCUGCUCGUAUAUUAUCUUAUAAGGUAAGAUAAUUACACAAGUUUAGAGUUACAAAUGAAGGCGGAACGUCAAUGGUGGUGGGUUGUAACUGGUAUCAGCAUUGGGAUUGGCUAUUGCACAUACGGCAUUGUCUACUCAUAUGGAGUGUUUUUCGGGGCUAUACAAGCUGAGUUUCACACAUCAGCAGUUGUUACAGGCUGGGUUCAGUCCCUUUGCCUGGCCUGUAGUCAACUUUUCUCAAUACUUGGACAGAUGUUAGUUCGCCGAUUUGGGUUUUUCUGCGUCAUCACAACAGCGACGAUUUCGUAUGCAAUUUGUUUGCUGUUGAGCUCUGUCGUCCCGUCCGUCAGUUACCUCUAUCUUACGUACGGCAUUGGUGUAGGGAUAACAGUUGCUAUAUCAACAAAACCGGCUUUACAAUUGGUUCUAGAAUGGGUACCAAUUCAGAGUAGAAUGAGAGCUACGGGAUUAGCCACGAUUGGCUCAACUAUAGGACUUCUGACGCUGAGUCCACUUAUAGAAACUGUGUUAACGCACGUCGGUUGGAGAUGGACUUUUCGAAUAUGUUCAGGUUUUGUAUUUAUAGUGGCAUUGAUCGCUGCAACUUUACUCUACGUAACACUAACUAAGACCCAGGAUACCACCACAGAUUCCAAACAGACUGAUAGUAAAGACGGCGAGGCAGCUUCUGAAGUCUCUCAGCGUGAAGUCCUAUAUUUUCCAGAAAUGUGGAUAUUUGCAACAAUGCUUGUGAUAGUGAGCUGUGCCCAAGGAUUUACAAUGAUCAAUCUUGUGGAUUUUGCGACAAAGAGCGGAUUCACUCUUGAGCAAGGCGCUUUAGUAUUAAGUGUAAACGGUGGAGCCGAAGUGGUUGGAAAAAUUAUUUUAGCGCUAUUUUUGGAUAAACUACCAUUUCCGAAGAUACUGAUUUGGCCGAACGCUUGUAUAGUGUCUUCAGUGAUUUGUGUUUUAAUACUCUAUGUUAAUUCAUUUAAAGCAUUGCUGAUAGUAUCAACAGUUCUUGGUCUCAUGAAAGCUGUAUUCAACAGUACCGGGAUGGGUGUGGCUGCAGAGCUGUUUGGUCAUCGAUAUCGCCCGAGUACAUCAACUAUUGCUAGUGCACCUUGUGGAUUAGGUUUCCUCUUCGCAGCUUUAGUCGGUGGUUACAGUUACGAUUUAACUGGUUCUUACGAGUCUGCACUCUACGCGUGUUCUGGAAUGUUCUUUAUUUGUUGCAUACUAUCCUUAAGUACUCUAAUAUGGCAGAAAAUGUGUGCAGUUGAAAGGUUUCAGUAUACAAAUACGAAACAAACAAGGAGAGACGAAACUAAAGAUUGUUAUGCGAAAUUGAAUAUUAUAGAAGAUAAAACACUACCUUCACAGAACGCGACACAAAUAUGACACUUUUUAAUGUUGACUUGUUUUUCGCCUAUUACCAUAAAGGCCUAAUCCAGACUCUCUAAACAACAGAGAAACGCUGAGGUUUUAAGCGAUUGUACCAUGGAGUAUAAACUAAUAAUGAUAAUGAUGAUGAUGAUAUGUGAUGAUGAUGAUGUUGAUGAUGAUGAUGAUGAUGGGGAUGAUGUUACUAGGAGCGAGAACCGUUAUAAGAGAAUAUAAAUAUUUGCCUAAAACCACCGCAUAUCAAACACAAUUCAACAAACACUAAAUUUGGUGCAAUAUAGUAUUUAAACGUUUCGUCACUCACAUCACGAACUAACACAAUUAAAUUCAAUUGUGUUAGUUCGUGAAAUCAAAAAAGCGCGUCAAAAUACGCGCUGUUGUCGUUAAGGAGUUUUUGUGUGGUAAAGAAUACAAAAAUGCUUGACAACCAAUACGCGCUCGUUUUGACGCGCUACUGUGAUUUCACGAACUAACACAAUCUACUAUUGUGUUAGUUCGUGAUGUGAGCGACGGUUUUAGCAAUAACUUAGUUGGCGUACCGUAUUCAUUAAAGCGACCUCAUGAUGUCACUUUGGCUUUGGCUUACGUCUUCUUUAAAAUAUAUUUAUACGAUGUCAUUUUUAUGAUUGUUUGUAACUGGAUUCUAUUUUAAAACUUUGCUUAUUUUAUUGUAUUUGAUUUUAACAGUAUGUUUAUCAACACAAUAAAAUUGUUCAAUUAAUACUUACAUCCAUGCUCAUUCUUUGUUCACUAAGUUUAUUCACUCUGACUGCAACUUCAGUACAGUGCAAGGCCAAAAAUAGACGAGAGAAUACCUAUUUUGUUGUUGGUAUUUUUGUCUGUUACUAUUAUUUUCUAAUCUGUUCCCGUUCAUAUCCACAUUGUCUUUUUACGUUUCUAUUUAUUACUCUACUACUUUAUUCAAUUCAUGCCCUAUGUAUACUUUCGGGCCUUUGAUAUUUAUUUUGAAGUCAUGGCGCAUAAUAAUUGUUUUAUUAUUAUUAUUAUUAUUAUUAUUAUUAUUAUUAUUAUUAUUAUUAUUAUAAUUAUUAUUAAGUAUACUUUUAAUUUGAUUUGAUUCAUCGCAAUAACAGCAAUAUGCUGAAACGAAAAGAGUUUGUUUCAAAAAUACAGAUAUUUGAAUAUUUAAAAACUGGGGAAAAAGGUUUUUUCUUUGGUUAUUUUUACUUAUAUUACAAUUUAAUUUUUAAUUUUGUAAUAGUUAUAUAUUUCAAUAAAACAAAAAUAAUAAUAGGCCUAAUAAUAAUCAGUACGUGUAUUUCAGGAUUCUUUAUAUGUUUUAUAUUUCGAUUUACUUCCCAUUAUUUUAAAACAUUUUAUGCCUGAUAUUUAUUCUCUCAGUCAUUGAAAU